AUGACAGCCAGACGAAGUUAAACAUGUAUGUCAGUGAGGCGUGCAGCUUCCAGAGCCAGCAGGGUUCUUCUCGUUCGCAAGGGCUACCGCUAGUCGCUACCGGCCCCUCACAAGUCACAUCUACCCCGUGCAGCCUCUGAUAGGAAGCAACUGGCCAACUGCCAACUAAGCUGCUCCAGAACAAUAGCGGUAAGAGCAACCAUGCCUCAACCCACAACAAGACAGCGCUGAAAGGGUAGACGAGGGUUCCCGGGACAAUUAUUUGCGGAUCAUGCAUGCUCCACGCUUUUGGAUUUACCCUGUUGUUUUCUCCAAACACGUAUGAUGUUGAGCUGGAGGAUGGGCUCCUAAAGAAUACCCAAGCAGUCCUUCGGAGUCGGGACUAGACAUGAAGUCCAUGCUCCAGGUUUGGGGCAUCUUCUGCUGUGUGUGUUCCUGUGCACUUGGACAAAAUACUUCUGCGCGGCCCAGUGUCGUGAACGUUGGAGCUCUCUUCACGUUCCACUCGACGAUUGGGAGAGCCGCCAAGGUGGCCAUCGCUGCUGCGGUCAAUGACAUCAACAGAGAUCCAAGCGUUCUUCAGGGGACGAAGCUGGUUGUUCAGAUGCAAGAUACCAACUACAGCGGUUUCAUCAGCAUUGUUCAAGCCUUGCAAUUCAUGGAGAAAGACACGAUCGCGAUCAUCGGGCCACAGUCUUCAGUCGUUGCGCACGUCAUAUCCCACGUCGCAAAUGAACUCCAGGUGCCUCUGAUGUCCUUCGCUGCAACCGAUCCGACUCUGACACCGCUUCAGUAUCCUUUCUUUGUGCGCACUGUCCACAGCGACCAGUUCCAGAUGGCUUCCGUGGCUGCGAUAGUUGAUUACUACGGGUGGAAGAUGGUGACAGCCGUGUACAUCGAUGACGACUACGGAAGAAACGGCGUGUCCUCCUUAGACGACGAGCUUGCCAAGAGGAGACUGAAGAUCCUGUACAAAGCUGCGAUCAGGCCAGGGGCAAGAAAGAGCGAGAUGGCCGCCGUGCUGGUCAAGGCUGCGAUGAUGGAGUCCCGGGUUUUCGUGCUGCACGCGCGUGACGAUUCUGGAAUCGACGUGUUCUCGCUGGCGUACAAUCUGAGCAUGACAUCCGGUGGAUACGUGUGGAUCGCGACAGAUUGGCUCACCGCGUGCCUCGACUCAGCUCCUCGUCUUGGAACUGGAUUACUGAACACGAUGCAGGGUGUUCUCACGUUGCGUCAGCACACGGAGAACACCAGUAGGAAGAAGGCGUUGGUUUCGCGAUGGAGUGAAGUGGCGAAGGAGGAGGAGGAGGAGGACGGCGGCAGCUUGCCCAAUACCUAUGGCCUCUAUGCUUAUGACACUGUCUGGAUGCUUGCCCAUGGGUUGGAUGCGUUUUUCAACAGUGGCGGAAACAUUUCCUUCUCUCCAGACCCCAGACUGCGUGCGGUUGUAGGAGGAGCUCUGAAUCUGGACGCACUGAGCGUCUUCGACGAGGGGACGCUGUUGCUAGAAAGAAUCCGCAACGUGAGUUUCAUGGGUGCGACUGGCCCUGUAAAGUUGGACUCAGAUGGUAACCUUAUCCAGCCUGCAUAUGACAUUGUAAACGUAGUAGGGUCUGGUUUGAGGACGAUUGGCUAUUGGUCCAACUACUCUGGGCUGUCCGUUGUGUCCCCUGAGACUCUGUACAAGAAACCAUUCAAUGUCAGUGCAAACCAGGAGCUCCACGCUGCCAUCUGGCCAGGCGAGACUGUAACGAGGCCCCGGGGAUGGGUGUUCCCUAACAACGGGAAUGAGCUGAGGAUUGGAGUUCCCGACAGGGUAAGCUACCGUCAGUUUAUAUCAGUAGACAAUCAAACUGGAACGGUGGGAGGUUUCUGCAUCGAUGUGUUUGCUGCUGCGAUAAACCUGCUGCAGUACCCAGUCACAUAUAGGUUUGUGCCUUUUGGCAAUGGCCGUGAGAAUCCAAGCUACACGGAACUUAUCGGUCGAAUUCUGACGAAUGAAUUUGAUGCUGUUGUUGGGGAUGUAGCUAUUGUCACGAAUCGGACAAAAGUUGUUGAUUUCACCCAGCCAUACGUUGCUUCUGGCCUCGUCAUACUUACCGCCGUCAAGACACAGAGCUCGGAUGCAUGGGCUUUCCUGCAGCCGUUUACCAUCAGAAUGUGGUCUGUGACAGGGGUGUUCUUUCUGGUCGUAGGAGCAGUGAUUUGGUUGCUCGAGCACAGAAUCAACGACGACUUCCGUGGUCCUCCAGCGAAGCAGGUUAUUACUGUUUUCUGGUUCAGUUUCUCAACUCUGUUCUUUGCCCACAGAGAGGACACGAGGAGCACGCUGGGCCGCGUCGUGGUCAUCAUCUGGCUGUUCGUAGUCCUGAUCAUCCAGUCCAGCUACACCGCGAGCCUGACCUCCAUCCUCACCGUGCAGCAGCUGACGUCCCCGAUCAAGGGCAUCGACAGCCUGAUCGCCAGCGACGAGCCCAUCGGGUUCCAGGUUGGGUCCUUCGCGGAGAGCUACCUGGUGCACGAGCUGGGCGUCUCCCCGUCCAGGCUCAAGGCGCUCGGCACCCCGGACGAGUACAAGAACGCGCUAGAGCUCGGGCCUCGCAAGGGAGGCGUCGUGGCCAUCGUCGACGAGCGCCCGUACGUCGAGGUCUUCCUGGUGCAGCACGACAAGUUCGCCAUCGUGGGCGCGGAGUUCACCAAGAGCGGCUGGGGCUUCGCGUUCCCGCGUGACUCGCCUCUGGCCGUGGACCUGUCGACGGCGAUCCUGGCGCUGUCGGAGAACGGCGACCUGCAGAGGAUCCACGACAAGUGGCUGUCGAACGGGCCGUCGCCCCAGUCCACGACCGACCUGGAGCCGGAACGGCUGCGGGUGCAGAGCUUCUCGGCGCUGUUCCUCCUCUGCGGCGCGGCGUGCCUCGCGGCGCUGGCCAUCCACGGCUGCAUCCUGGCCCGGCAGUACUCCCUCCACGUGGCGUCCCAGCCGCCGGACGCGGUGGCCACGGGGGCCGACGGCGCCAUCCGCCGCUCCAGCCGCAGCAGCAUCCGGUCGUUCCUGUCCUUCGCGGACCGCCGGGAGGCGCAGUGCCCGAGGGGGAGCUGCAAGGACCCCGCCGCGGCGCUGGGAGGGUCCUCCAGCAGCGGCGUCAGCAGCUUCACGUCAAGCAACGCCAGCGUAUCGAGGUAGCCGCGUCCGAUGGACCGGCAUACGCACGGCACGAUACGUCGAUGCCUCAGCACAGAUAGUCCACACUACUGUACGUGCGCGUAGGCCGUAGAUGCCGGCGUGUAAAUGGUCGUAUCGUAGAGACAUUGAUUCGAUUUUGCUACCGUCUGGGGUCCAUGGUGCAGUGAAUUUGGAUCCCCGUGUGCUGAGGAAUUGUAUACGUACGAGUAAAGCAGCGCGCAUGGGGGGCAGGCGGGCAGGGCAGUUUCGCGGCCUUGCAGUUGCAGCACA